AUGACUUCAUUUCAUCGUCUACCCACCGAGAUAAUCUGUCGCGUCUUAGAGUGCUGCUCGAAUCAAGCAGUAACCAGCAUCGCAGCGACAUCGCACCACCUCUAUGAUAUCGCCAUACCGCUACUCUACAAGCGACAGGCAAAGCAGGGAAACCACGACAUAACAUUCUGGGCUGCUGAGAAUGGCCGUAUCGGAACUCUGAAGCACAUCGCCGAGUACAUGACGGUCCGCGUCGUCGCCGCUGAGGAGUGGACGCACAGGAUAUACGACACCUCUGGCGACUUUGAUCCCCAGACGGAUGCUGUGACCGGAUGGUACUGGACGCCGCUACAUGUCGCUGCGGAACAUGGACAAGUCGAUGCUGUCGAGUUCCUGCUGGACCACGGCGCUGAUAUCGAUGCCCAGUCCUUGACACAGCGAGACCUCGGCCUUGGGAUCGGUAUAGAUUCCUACAGCAUUGAUUUCCAAGACCGUGGAAUAUUCGAGUUGCCGCCUCCCGUAUCGUUCUCGCCUCUUAUUGCAGCCAUUCAUUGCCGGCAGAACGAUGUGGCCGAGCUGCUCCUCCGUCGCGGCGCCUCGAUAGAGAUCCGCGAGACGGCUAGUAAACGGCCCUGCGGCACCACGGCGCUGCAUGUUGCCGUCAUAAACGGAAACGUGGAGGCCAUCAGGAUGAUCAUAGAGGGAGGACACGCAGGGCCAAACGAUCCAGAUGCUGAUGGAUACCCACCGUUGCUCUGGGCGGCCCGAUACUUGGGCAUAAACAACGACGCCUCAGCUGCUUCUAUGCAACCGCUGCUUGACCUCGGCGCUGAUAUCGAUUAUAUCGCCCCCAGCGACUUCUACCCGGGAUCCCGUCACUCGCUGGUGACUAUCCUAACCAAGCGAUGGAAACCAUACACAGCCGAGGCACUCAUCGCCCUAGGGGCGACACCUCUCAGUGACCAGGAGUCAAGGGAGAUUGAUAGGGUGACCGUGACGCACUUCUGA